ACAAGGUUUGUCACGCGCACGUAGGCUAAAUUGUUAAUCGAUGAAGUCGGCUUUUAUUUCACUGUACUGCGGCAAGAAAAAAACUGAGAAGCACUUACUGUAGCCAGAGUUUUUACCAGUGUUGGCAAUCGCUACGGAGCUCGCUAGUAUUCAAGUGGAAAAAGCUACAAGAAUGUACAGAAUGCGAUUUCCAUCGUCCAAUUGGCUUUUCCUGGUUUUUGCGUUGCUUCUAUCCAUUGACGCUGUCCUAGCAAGGAAAUCUGAACAAAAUGUCCACCUUCACAUGACCAAGAGAGAAAUAGAGCAUUACUUUGGUGUCAAGGAUCAUACAAAAAUUCCCGAAUACGAUAUUAGCUCGCCACAUCAUACAGACGUUAAUGGAAGGACUACGUCUCCCUUUCGCAUCAGGAGAGAUGUGGGUCAUUCAGAUAUUGUACAUUACGACGUGCAUGCAUUUGGUUCCAAAUUACGGCUUAGAUUGAAGCGAAAUGGUAAUCUCAUGGCACCGAACCUAGUUAUUGAGAGACAUCACGGAGAGGGUAUGGUAACGACUCAAUCUGCACCCAAAAACAAAUACUACUUGGGACAAGUUUUGUCCGAUCCAGAUUCCUUGGUGGCCUUGCGAGGUGACAGAAGCUUGAUGGGUAUGAUCAGGACUUCUCGAGAAACACUAUUUAUACAGCCGCUCUCGACACACUUGGCCAGGAGAGUGAGGAGAAAUGCAUACUCUACACCGCACUUGAUUUACAGAAUUCCAACACAAGAAGCGGUUUCCUGUGAAAUGCAGUCAACAGGAAAAGAUCGUAUCAAGAGAUCUACACUUUAUAGGAAGACUCGUGAAGUAAACAAAAAUGGCUAUAAAUUUCUUGAAGGAGCUUUAAUUGUUCCUAAAAGCUACGAACAGAAGUAUGGAACAGAUAAAUUUGCCACAGUACUCCUCGCUAUUGCCAACAUGGCUAAUUUCUCUAAGAUCGACAGCAAUAGCAAAAAGCUGACUCAGAUGUUGAAAUGGGCGGGACCUUCAACACUGAAAAGUAUUAACGACCCGGAUCACUAUGACGUGUUCAGUUAUGUGUCAAAUGAAAUAAAAAGCGGAGGUCUCGCCAUAGCUAACCAGAUCUGUUCCAAGGCAGGCGCUGGGAAUGGUAACGUCAACGCUGAUGUUGGUCUUCAAACUGCACUUCACGUCGCACACGAGAUAGGUCACAAAUUCCUUUGUCGCACAUUGGCUCGGGAAAACGAACCACCUGGAUCUAAUUUUAUUUUUACAUUAGAAUCUUUUAACAAUAACACGACGAGAUUUGUCGGAAGUUUCGUGUGUCGUGACUUGAAAGUUAAGGCUAAUUUCACCAAGGUCGACAGCAAUAGCAAGAAGCUGACACAGGUGUUGAAAUGGGCGGGACCUUCAACACUAAAAAGUAAUAACGACCCGGAUCACUAUGACGUGUUCAGUUACGUGUCAAAUGAAAUAAAAAGCGGAGGUCUCGCCAUUGCUAACCAGAUCUGCUCCAAGGCAGGCGCAGGGAAUGGUAACAUCAACGCUGAUGUUGGUCUUCAAACUGCACUUCACGUCGCACACGAGAUAGGUCACAAUCUUUACCUUGAUCAUGAUGGCGAUGUAGGGUGUCCGCAGCAUCAAUACAUUAUGGAAGCUGUUUUACCGAGUGGUAUCUAUGCAGCAACCUGGUCAAAUUGUUCGCGGAGGGUCCUUCAGGAAUUCUUAGGAGGCAGCAAGUCUUGGUGUUUAGAUAACACACCCCUCGGCGAUCUUCCAACCCUUAAACCUGAGUAUCACGGCAAACUUCCCGGGGAAAUCUUCGAUGGAGACGCUCAGUGUGUCAUGCAGUACGGCGCUGAUUACGUAUUGUCACCUCAUCAAAAGGGAGUAUGCGAUAAGUUAUAUUGCUUUAAUCCUAAAAGUGGAACGCAAUUGAGUCGACUUGCACCGAUAGCUGAUGGGGCACCCUGUGCAGAACGCAAGUGGUGCAUAAGCGGGAAAUGUGUAGACAAUGGCAAACCAAGGAUUCAUGGAGGUUGGAGCGCGUGGUCUCGUUACGACUCACCAUGUACACGGCCAUGUAACGGCGGAGUCACGUUCAAAACUCGAACUUGUACAAACCCUGUACCAUCUAAUGGCGGGGAAUCCUGCGUGGGAGAAAGCAAGGAAUGGAAAAUUUGUAACCCGCAGGCCUGUCAAGAAGGAGCAAAAACGUUUAGAGAGGAGCAGUGUUUAAGAAAGCAAUCUGGCUCAGUUCCCUACUUUGUUUCAAGUUCCCUUUGUGAAUUAUAUUGUCGUGUCGGAAGCCUUGUGAGUGGCAAAGGUACCGUAGAAGACGGAACGCGUUGCAAAGCAGACAAAAACACUUAUGAUGUGUGUAUCCAAGGAAAAUGCCGACCGGUUGGUUGUGAUCACGUUCUGGACUCCAACGCAAUGGUGGAUCGCUGUGGCAAAUGUGGCGGCAAUGGGGACCAAUGCUUCGUUAUUUCUGGAAGUUACACGGCCUCUCACACUGUAAAAGUCCCUCGAUUUCUUACCGAGCAAUCCAUGAAGAUAAAACAGUUUUGCGGGUUGCAAAUUGUAAUAUUCUCUGAGAAUUCUGAAGACGAAGUAAGGGAGGGGGGGGGAGAGUGGUUAUUUGUCGGACAUUCCGACAGCUUACUUUGUCACCUUAUGAUUUCAAACUGUCCUUCGUUCCUUUAUUUUCAGUAUGUUUAUGUCCAAGGUGGAAAUCCAGGAGUAGACUUUGACUUUAAAAGGGUCGUGCAACCUUCCGACACACCGCCUGAGAAUAAAUUUGAAUGGGUGACAUACACGUGGUCCGCCUGUUCCACAACGUGUGGCCAAGGUACAAACUCUUGUAACACAAGAAUUUUUGCUUUCAGAUGGCACACCACUGAUUGGUCAACAUGCUCCAGAUCAUGUGGCAAUGGGUUGCAGACACGCGAUGUCAUCUGCCGUAAGAAGAUCAACCCUACAGAGUAUGGACCAAGCACAAACUGUCCUGCUGAUCAAAAACCCAGCAUUUCUGAGAAUGUUCGAUAUUGUAACAGCAUCGAUUGCUUGGCUGAUUGGGACACUCAAAAGGGGCUACUGAGAGACAAAUGCGGGAAGCCAAUUGAUCCAGCGAUGCUCUCUUGUUACCGAUUGGAUAAGUUUGGCCAAAAAGCCAUGGUUCCGAAUCUUUUAUGUAGGUACAGAGCUAAGCCGACACGUCUCCCAUGUACAACUACAUCAUAUCGUUCACAAUCAUAUCGACAUCAAUAUGCAAUAUUUACCAGCGUAUUGGUUCCUGUGCUUCAGAUGUUGCUGGAGUAUUAUAAUUUGGGAUAGGUUGCAUUUACUGACGUCUGUCAUUGAAGGAACUUUGAUUUUAAAUUGUUAGAGGUCCCUUUUGUUACAUGUCAAAUGACUCUCUCUCCUUGGGAGUGGGAAAGGAUGCUCUGUUACAUAUA